AAUCUGACCGUCGACACAAUUUAGAGGGGAGUUGAAUACGAACAUUUGGCUACUCAGCUCGUACUCAGCUACGAUCCGAUCUUAAAGUAUCCCACGAAAUCGCUUGGACGAAAACUCUACUUCAAAUUUUCGACUGAUUCAGAACAGGAAAACAGGAGGAAGAGGCUUUAUUCAACGUUAUAUACGAAAGACUAUUCAUCUUCUGAGGGAGGAAACCACACUUUUCAUCAAAUCUACUCAAGCGCGCAGACGGACACAACUGUGGAGUUUCCGACUUCAAUACCCUCAACAAAAACCAAACAAAUAUCUCACUCUGCUGUUAUUAUCCCAUUCAAACUUGUAGAGUAAAGGAUCGGACGGGGUCACAUAUUUUAGUAUCUGGAGCAGCCGAACAGCAAUGGAGGGGCACUGGAGUGUUAUGGUGCUUGUAUUUACCGCAUGCCUGGGACCGCCCAUGUGUUCAAAUGCAGUUACUGUGACAACGAUAGAGCGAAAAUCAACCGUAGAGGGCGCCACCGUGCAGCUUUCUUGCACGUAUCUUCCUCACACUACCCCCGAAGACUUCGGAUACCUUGCAUGGUCGAAGGAUGGCACAACAUUUCUAACCUACGCAUGUGAACAGUCGUGUGGGAUGCAGGAAUCGACAUCGACCCCAAUGGGCAAGUACGACCUCAACGUUGACACGAGUUCGAGUGGGAAUCUGACGAUUUUCGACGUUGGUCUGGAUGACGAGGCCACGUACAUGUGUUCAGUGCUUACCAGUGACCUGGUCGUGUAUUCAAGCACAACUCAACUAUCUGUUGAUGUUCUUAUUCAGGAUACUGUAGUCUCAGACUACAGGACCGCAUACACCAAUAAUUCGGUCGUGCAAAUCCAAGUUGAACAAUCCUAUCAGUUUCGCUGCUCCCUCGUUCUUCCAACAAAACCUCGCGUUGAGAUUGUCUGGGAGGGACAGCAAAUAGAUUUCACAAUGGAUGAUCAGGUCGAUGAACCGAGCAGUGACGACAGUGGCCUAGUGACGUCACAUCGUGUGGUCCACGUGACGGGAGGCAUGCAGGAUUCUGGGAAGGCUUUAAGCUGCUUAGCAACGCAUCCCACGACGGGUCAGACGGUGGUUUCUAGGGUUGUUUUGGAUGUCCAAGCAUGCCCGUUGUCUGUCAUGGUCCACGAAUGCCCGACAUCGGUAAUUUCCGGGAACUCGGCAACUCUUCGAUGCCGUUCGGCAGCUACUUCGCCUCCACCCGUGCUCUACUGGCUCUACGACGGCGUCCGUGUUCAAAAUUCCACAUCGACCAUUGCCGAAGACGGUGCGAACGUUUUAUCGCAUACCAAAUUAUUCGACAGAUUAGACUUCAACAGGGAGUUCAAAUGUUGUAUCGAGUCCACUGCAAUGUGCAACCAGCUAUGUUCCGAUUCAUGCAGACCAGAUAUUCUAUAUCCUGUUUCGAAUGUGGUGGUCCACUCCAGCGUACCCAUUGACAGCGUGAUAGAAGGAACCCGGGAUUUUGAAGUCAAUUGCACUGCGAGCGGCAACCCAAUGGGGUCGUCCUUCAUCGGCUGGACGCGUAUAGACGAAGAUGGUAACGUCGCUGGACCACAGAGGGAAUCGCCGAUGAAGUUUACCGCGGUUAGUCGGUCGGAUGCCGGAAGGUACCGCUGUACGGUCGACAACGGUGUGGGUUCAAGCCGCUUUGAAACCGUGAAGAUCAUAGUCUACCAUCCUCCAAACAUCACCAACGAAGAAUACCGUGCCCAUCGCAACGAAGGCGAAUCAGUAUCACUGACCUGCAACGCAACGGCGAACCCUAGGCCAAAGAUCACAUGGUACACUCCCGAUAACCGAACGAUCAGUGGCCCGCCCUCUGCAGUAGAAACUACAACAGAGCAAAGUGACUACUCUAUCAACAUCAGCAGUAGGCUGGAUAUAGUCAAUAUAGUUCCGGCCGUCCAUUACGGGAUAUAUUGGUGCGUAGCGGAAAAUGACUACGGAAGGGCUGAGAUAAGUGUGACUCUCGGCGGAAAGUCCAAACCCGCCCCACCAACGGCAGUUAGUUUCAUCCAAAAGACAACCACCCAGACAUCCCUGGACGUCAUCUGGCGGCCGGGGCACGAUGGAGGCGCUGAUGAGACAUUUACCGUGAGGUCAUGUCUAGUGGGAGCCAAUGAGAAGUGUACUGUUCAUCGCGGUAUAACAGAUACGCAUUUCAACAUCACCGCGUUGCUGCCGUACUCGCUAUACGACGUCACAGUAACCGGAGUCAAUGUUUUCGGGGAGAGCGAAGCGUCACAACCUGCUCGAAAUUCCACAGCUCCUUUGUCACCUGAUCAACUAGGUGUAGUCGCUACGUUUGACAUCACAUCUGGGUAUAUUACUGUUAAGCGCAAAUCAAACAACACAAGUCCGAUUCCUAAUGACCUCUGCUUUGACUUGGAGGUUAAGGUGAUCGUUACUCGACGCGAAGAGGCGUGUCUGAAGCUCAACAAUCCAGUCAAAGUGGAUACUGUAGUCUCACAGUCACAAAUCUGGUUGCUUAGUUGUGGGCGGGGCGUGUGCAGCGAGGGGGAUCACGUGAUGUUCCCAGCUCCGCCCUUGGAAAGUAAAUCGCCAGAAACCAAUGACCUCGACAUCACCAGCCUUGUCGCUAUCGUAGCGGGCGCUGUCGUGUGUCUAGUCGUCAUCCUUAUCGUAUUCGCAGCAUGGAAAUGGAAUAAAAAGAGAGGUCCUAUGCUGCACCAGCAGAUGAGCUCUCGCAAACUUCCAACUUUACCGCGUGGCAAUAGUUGUGGCCCGCCCUCACCGUCUUGUCAAGAGGCAAUGGAGUCUCAGGUAUACGACGGUCUCGAGCUGGGAUCAGUGAACCAAUACAUGCAUCCUUAUGCUCAAUCAACUAUUCCUGCCAACAAACACUGCAAAGCUCCUUCUAACUGCCCUCCAGACUCCGAUCUCCAAUAUGGCGACUUAAAAACCGAUGAUAUACCGCCACCAAGCGGCGAUAAGGUGAAACAGAAUCACAUCGAAGGUACCUACACGACUACACUCAGUUACUUGCCAAUGGGUUCCCCUACCGUUUUAAAGAAAUCCGAGCGUAAGCCGAGCAGCCCCGUGGAUAAUAUGGUGACGAGCGAGCCAGCCUUCAUUUAUGUGGGUAAAAACAAUGGUGAGCCGGAAAAUUCCGAUGUUCAAACGGCGCUGCUCGUCGACAUCGGAGAUGAACGAAGGUCGCCGAGCGACAGCGAUGAUGGGUACUACUCGGUUCCGAAGAAUAGCCGAGUGGCGUCGAUUGAUGAGACAACCCCGGCGCUCGGGGUCUAUUGAAGCUGCACAUGCACUUUUCCUGUGAGGAAUGAACUAAAGAAUAGUCUACCCAGGAGUGAUACGCUUGUCUUGUCAGCGUCAUGGCUGCUGGAGUUGAUGGGACACAUUCCAUUGUUGAGAAACGCAAGGGCAUUACGAAUGCACAAAGUUGAAAGACCGGCAAGGUUGUUUAAUGAGUACUAGCGGAAAAGGAAGCUGUUCGACCUAUAUGAUUGUAUGAUCCAUUUAUCUAAAAUCACAGCACGCUUGUACCGCCGAGUGAUUUCAAGAUACAUGUAUUUGUUUGGUAUGUUCGUAUUGGAAAAAAUGAGCUAAAGUCGGCAUAAACUUUUAUUUUGUGGGAAAUUAUCGUACCAAUCUGAAUUUCCAACUUUUCACUAAUCAAAGUCAGAGUCUAUGUUGCAAUCAUUAUUAAUCAAUGACUACGAACACUUGAUUAUUUGAACAAUCAGAAUUGUAAUCAAUUUUCAGCAUUCCAUGGAAUAUUUAAGAUUCGGUUAUUAUCACCCUAUAUAUUAUUCUCGAGCAACCGAUAUUGUCUGUUUUAUGUUCGUCAAUUUACACUAAAAUGAAGAGAUCGUAAAUUUGUCAUUAUACAUUUAAAAUGAACAGGUCGAAAGAUUUUCCUUUCAGGGUUAUCAAUCAUGUUAUCAUCUGAGCUGCUAUAUAAAGCUGGUAGUAUUUUACCUAUUAUAAACGCUCCGUUCAUGCAAUUUACGCCUUAUACAAUGUAAGAUAUGAAAAUAUGUUAUUUGUUAAAGAAGGCUAUGCCAAAUUUCUGACUAACGAUAUGCAUUUGCUUAUUCCAUCCUUUGCACGGUAAACAUUCCAGUUUAAAUCAAUUUGUACUUUAGUUUAGAUAUAAGUUAUGCAAUUUUUUUUUUUUUGGGGGGGGGGUUAGAGUUGUAAACACGGUGUAAUUUUAUAAAAUAAUUCAGUAAAAAGCAUUUCGUGGGAAUUAUCGUACAAUGUUUCAUAUUUCAAAUCGAUCCCGUCAUGGAAUGGCCGAUAGUCAACGUUAGUGCUGCCUAUACUAUCAGUACUAGGUUGUCUAGUAAACAAACAGGCCGGGAAAGGGUCUAGUCGUGAUUCAUAAAGACACAUGUGGUACAUACCGUGUGAGUAAAAAAAAAAAAAAAAAAAAAAAAACGAAGAAGAACAAAAACCCACUUUACACUUCAAAAAUCCCCAAUUUAAUAAAGAACUGUAUCAUGAACGCAUAUGGUUGGAAAAGUAUCCUUCCCCAAAUAAUUUGAAACCAUAUUUAUGUAACCAUACUUUCGUGAAUGCAGCAGCCAAAGAUUAAUUGAUCAGUUGGAAGAAACAUAAACAUACACAAAAUAAAUGAUGAAUACUUGUUAUCAUUGAGUUACAUGUUUGUCUAAUUUAGGUGUUUCUACAUAAAGGCCUCAAGUUAAUAAAAUGUUGUAAAUACUAAUAUUAUAUCAAAUUAAACUAUACAUGUACAUGCUUUCUUUUAAACUGUUCAAUUGAUUAUAAAUAUUCAACCAUUCCUUUUACACUUAUAAUUUAUUAUGAGACUUGGUUAAAUGUGAUAACAUAAGUUCAAAGCAAGCUGCGAAAUUUGUGUACUGUCAUAUAAUCUAACAAUAUAUAUUUUGGCCAUAUUUUUUAAUUGGAAAAUUUGUAUAUAGUGUAGAUAAUACUGAUCCAGGGCCAAAAUUAGUCAUUAAAAAUGACCCAUUAUAUAUUGUGUGUAAUCUGUCCAUAAAGUAGAAUGUGUAUUUUAUGUAGUAAUAACGUCAUCAUUGUAAUAAAUGCAAUUGAAAUAUUCCAAAAUA